AUGCGAGAUGAUCAUCCCCCCACCACUACCAUUACCAACACCACCGCCGCCGCCGCCGCCGCCGCCGAAGCCACCCUCACAUCGGAGGCAGCUCCGACAACGGGCAACGGGCGACCAGGUAUCCAAGGUUGUCGUACCAGGACUCAGGAUGAAGUCUUUGUAGAUGCGUGGUGGGAGCCACUAAGUCGGUUUGCUUCCGCCUCGCUACAUCCAUGA